GUCGAGUAUAAAUAAUCUACUGUGUAUCUCUAUACGACAUUCUUAUGUAAUUUACGUAUCAUGAAUGAUACAAGAAUGGAGGAAGGCAUUCAGCCAAAUAAUUAUUUCCGCUCUAAGAAAAACCAUUUUGUUCAAAAGGCAAAAUCCGAAGCGGAUAUAAAAGCAUAUUUCUUGGAGAAAGCUAUGGAGUGUAGCGGUGAACACUCAAUCACAAGUCAUGAAGUUGAGAUGAUGAAAGAUCAUAAAAUUCCCAGCAGCGACAACGCGAAGUGCCUGCUGGCGUGUGUUUUUAAGAAAGUUGGAUGGCUUGACGACAAGGGCAUGUUUAACGAUGAGAGCGCUUACCAGUUAUCUGUUAAAGAAUUCUCUGAUGAUAAGGAAAAACUCAAAAAUGCUAGGAAAUUAUACGACUUGUGUAAAAAAGUAAAUGAAGAAUCGGUCAGCGAUGGAGAGAAGGGUUGCGAGAGGGCUUCUCUUUUAGGCACCUGUUUAGUUCAUAAUGCAGCACAGAAUGGAUUCUUAUUGCAAUAAAUGGCGAGGAGUAAUCAACAGUUAUUUGUAAAACGUCCUUAAAUGUAUACAUACACAAAUUACAAAUUAAUGCUUUACUUAAACUUUUGUCUUAUUCGUGUCAUUCGUUUUGUUUCUCGGCAAAAAUCCCCUAAAAUUUA